GCGAGAGAUGCGAUAGCAGCGCUCCUCCUGUUCAUUUAACUCAGUUUUUGUCACCGAAGACCGACAGACUCGUCGCGGACAGGAGACUCCACUUCGACCUCCGCAGGGCAAUCAAGUCGCCCUGGGAAACUGAGAGAAGUGCUCCACCCGAAGAGAGAGAUACCGAAGAAGGUAAGAGAGAGAGAGAGAGAGAGUGAGCCAGCGUGACUGACACGUGCCCUCGAGCACUGGGAAAGGAGGUGUAACAGAGGAGUACAGACACAGUACAAGCAGAGGAGGAGGAGGCAGAAAGAGCAUGAAGACAGAGGGAAAGCAGGAGUCUUCCUCCACGCGCACCCACUCGCAUUAAACCAGCGCCGUCGACAAGCAUUCAACAUGGCUGACAGGAGGCUUUUCCUAUUGGUGACACUCUGCCUGUGGGAGGGGCUAGUAGGGGGCGGGCCAGCGGCCAAAAUCGUUAGGAGGAGAGGGCUGGGCUCAGCUCGGUCUCACCCCGGGAACGGGGUGACCGGCCAAUGGGAUACGAGUUUGGAAAAGAAUGGAAUGCCAACGUUUAGGCUGAAAGAACUGACAGGGAUGGACAAAGAGACCACUCACGAUACGUUCACGGGUUAUGCGAAAACCGCACAGGACGACGGAGGCGCCCCAGUGUCGGAGCAGGAGGAAGCCUACAGUUUUAAUGCCAAGUCUCCUCCUCAGAGGAAGGACGAGGAAUCGAGGGUUCAAGGGUUGGCCGUCGACGGUCCCAGGGAGCUGACGGAGCCGAGGAGGAACGGCAGCAGGAACGCCGAGGCCAUGUCUAAACGCGGGAGAGCCAACAACGGGCUUCCGGCCCACCGUAAGAUAGAGCCUUCUGCUCACCUGAACCGAACCAGGCUCAGAUCCAUUCCCAGGUCCAGAGGGAGGGUGGGUUCUGGGGCUCUUAAUAACGCCAUGGCUCCCAAGAGAACGCUGUUGGAAUCACCCCGUAAAUUCAACCUGUCUGGAAGCUACGGCGUACUGAAGCUUAUAUCUAAAGAUAGCCUUGUGAGGAUUGUGAAUUCCCAACUACAGAAUGGUCUGAAUUUCCAGCACAAGACUAGUCACAGCCGAAAGAGAGAUCUGAUUGACAUGGAUCGCAGCCAACUGGAAGAGCCUGAAAUGAAGACACAAGACCGGCCACUUAUCGCGGAUGUUUCUGGAUCUGAUCAUCACAAUAACAGUCUGACAGUUGAGCCACACUCAAGCACCAUCGCAAAUCUCAGUGUUAAUCCAGAUCAGAUCGUUUACACUCUGUGGAAACCGAUUAGUGAAAUCACACAAAAUUCAAGAGAGGAAGACACAAAGACCGAGUCACAGGGCGCUACUGCUUCCUGGUGGAGCAAACACUACCCUACCCACACUGCCCAGAGUGACCUCACGGCCAACACGGAGGCCAGCCCUUUCAGAAAUACGUCUGUGAUCGUGCACGAAGGAAAGUUACAGGCUCUCUCCGAGAUGGGCUCUUUCCCACAGCUGAGCUACUCGCUGGACACACAAACCCAGAGAACCGCUAACGCAAAUGAGGGACCGGCUCCAAACCCUCACACAGGCGGACAGGAACUCGGUGCCACUCAGGAUCCGGGGAGCGGAACUUCAGACGCCGCCAGCAGCGGUCACGUUCUGAAGCUCCGCCCGAAUCCCAGCUGGAGCGGCGGUACGGCCGAGCAGGAUGGAGGGGAGACGGGGCCAGGUCCGGGUGGGCGUGGCCUCGUGUUCCAAGAGAUCGAGGCGGAAAAACAGAAGGGGUGGAGCCGAAAGGAGGGGCAGGGGUCCCGAUCGCGAAGCAGGCGGAGCUGGAUCUGGAACCAGUUCUUCGUUAUCGAGGAGUAUGCCGGACCCGAGCCCGUUCUCAUCGGAAGGCUACACACCGACAUGGACAGAGGUGAUGGACGUACCAAGUACGUGCUGCGCGGAGAAGGCGCGGGGUCGGUGUUUGUGAUUGAUGAGAAGACAGGCAACAUCCACGUGACCAAACCCCUGGACAGGGAGGAGAAGGACGAAUACCGGCUGAUCGCCACGGCAACAGACGGCCAGACGGACCGCGCCUUGGAGCCCUCUUCCCAGUUCAUCAUCAGGGUUCAGGACAUCAACGACAACCCACCUGUGUUCGAGGACGGGCCUUACAGCGCCACUGUGCCGGAAAUGGCCAACAUAGGCACGUCUGUCGUUCAGGUGACAGCCACCGAUGCGGAUGACCCCACCUACGGGAACAGCGCCCGGUUGGUCUACACACUGGUCCAGGGUCAGCCCCACUUCUCUGUGGACCCGCAGACAGGGAUUUUGCGCACGGCCGUCCCUGACCUGGAUAGAGAGACGCAGGAGCAGUACCUCGUGGUUCUUCAGGCUAAAGACAUGGGUGGCCAUCUUGGGGGGCUUUCGGGGACCACCACGGUUACCGUGAGACUGACGGACGUCAAUGACAACCCUCCCCGUUUCGCACAGAGCACCUGGUCGUUCUCCAUCUCCGAGCUGACUGUGCCGGGGGCGGAGGUGGGCCGGAUCUCGGCAACAGACGCUGACUUGGGAGAGAAUGCCAAGUUGGAAUAUACCAUCCUGGAGGGGGAGUCGGGGGACACCUUCAACAUUACCGGCGCGAAUCAGGAGGCCAUCAUCAUCCUCAACAAGGCUGUGGACUACGAGAGCAGGAGCUCCUACUCCUUUUCCGUAGAGGUGCUGAAUCCCGCCGUGGACCCUCGCUUCCUGCGUCGCGGCCCCUUUAAGGACCGCGCCGGCGUGCGGGUGGCCGUGCUGGACGCCGACGAGCCGCCCCGCUUCUCGCGCGCACGCUACCGCAUGGACGUGUCGGAGAAUUGCCCACCGGCGUGCACGGUGGGCCGCGUCAGCGCCGUGGACCCGGACACGGGGCUCAGCGGCAACAUCAGGUACUCUAUCGAUCCUCAGUCUGAUCCGGAGGCUUUGUUCCGCAUCACGCCGGACGCCGGGCUCAUCACCACGGCGACGGAGCUGGACCGCGAAGAUGAGCAGUGGCACAACGUUACCAUCAUUGCCACACAGAGAGAUAACCCCACUCAGGUGUCCAGGGUGGUGGUUGCCAUAGAGACACUGGACCUGAACGAUAAUGCUCCAGAACUGGACCGACAGUACAGUACGGCCAUGUGUGACUCCGCCUCCACUGGGCAGAUAGUGCAGGUGUUGAGAGCAAUUGAUAGAGACGAGGGUGGAAAUGACAGCACCGUCCAUUUUAACAUCCCGCCGGAAUCCAGCGCUGCUCGCAACUUCAGCAUCAGAGAGAGUGGAGGGCCCACCGCGAGCCUGGUUCUGGUGUCACCGUUGCAAGCACUGUCCCGGUCCUCCUUCUCCUCCUUGACCCUGCAUGUCCCGCUGGUCCUGCGAGAUGGCUCCUCGGGACUGACCAGCACAGGGACAGUCACCGUGUCCGUGUGUCCGUGCCUCAGAGGGGGUGCGCGCGCCGGCGAGAAGGGCAAGCAAGGCGAGGCCGAGUGGGACAAGGAAACGGUCUGCCUGCCUCAGCACUCCUCGCUACCUUCACCGGGACUCAGCACCGCCGCCCUGCUGGCCAUUUUGGCAUGUGUGGCCACACUUUUGGCUGUCAGCGCUCUGUCUCUGUCCUUGCGGAGACAAAAAAGGGACUCCCUUUCUCCUCUAGAGGAAGACGAUGUCAGGGAGAACAUCAUCACAUACGAUGACGAGGGAGGAGGUGAGGCAGACACUGCUGCCUUUGACAUCACGGCACUCCAGAGCGCCCCCCACAGCGCACGCAGGGGAUACCGUACCCUGGACAGCAGGAACAUACGCUACUCUCAGCGGGGCCAGGACAAGACACGCACAUACAGCAGCUGGGCGCAGGCGGGGGCUACGGAGGGUGGGCAGUACCCCGGGCAGGGGCCAGCUGUGUACGGCCGGCCGUGCUACGCUAGCCACACACUGCCCGUGCUCCGCCGAACCCCGGGGCCCUGUGAGCCCGGCCUGGCCGAGCUGGGCUACCGCUUCGCCGGCGACCAGCCCGACCAUUCCCUGGUGAUCCAGAACCAGGGGGCUAUGGCAGGGCCGCUGGAACCGGGGGUCUUGUACGCCGGAUCCGGCGAGGCAGGGAACGGCUCCCGAGAGGGGCUCGCAUCCCAGGACGGAGCCGCCGUCUCCGAAGGGGGAACGCUGAGGAAAAACGACACCAACGGGGACUCGGGCAGCGAGACACAGCAGAGCCAGGAUGUGGACUGGGUCCAGUCGGAGUGCGCCCCGCGUGAGCAGAAUCUGGUGCUGACCCACUCGGGCUCGCUGGCCGGGUCGGGCGUGUCGGGCAGCUGGGCGUGCGACUCGGCCGCCCUGCCCACUCCGGGUCGGCGCUCCUCGCGGGCGGGGCUCUCCCCGAAGAAGAACACAGGGGCGGCGCCGGAGGCGUCUGACGCAGGCCACGCCGCCACGCAGUCCGUCUGCCGCAGUUACGCCGGCAUCCUGCAGGGGGAGCAGCAGAGGGACUACACGGGCAGCCUGGGCCGAGGAGGCUCGGAGAUAGGAAGCAGUUUUAUGGUGGCGAGGCCGGAGGGGGCGUAUCAGGAGGGUGCAGGCUUCAUGGCAGACUGGCAGGGCAGACUGGGGGUAGGAAGCUAUGUGUUGGGCAGAAGAGAUAUGACACCCCAGCUUCUGCCAUACCCGGGGCAAGAUCAGGGCGCGUUUGGGGGGCUCCUGGGAUACGGCGGCGCCUGGCCCACAGCUCUGGAGGCAGAAGGGAGGGGGCCGGCGGCACCGGGAGGGGGACACUCCCUGGCUCUCAGGGUUGGCGAGUUCCUGCGACUGCGCCUGGCACAGGUGACCUUUGACCCGACGCAGCCGCCCUAUGACUCGGUGCAGGUGUAUGGGCUGGAGGGCACGGGGUCACGGGCUGGGUCGCUCAGCUCUCUGGAGAGCGAGGGUGAGAAGGAGGCUGAUAGGGAGGAGUGGGGAGGGGCAAUGGAGGACUGGGGCCCGCAGUUCCACAAGCUGGCCCGGCUCUUCAGGGAGAGGGGUAGAGAGAGAGAGAGAGAGGACGAUAAAGAGAUGGAGAGAGAGAGGGAGAGAGAGAGGGAGCGGAAACCAAGUGGCCAGGAGGAAGGAGAGCGCGAGGAGCAGUCUGGAGAUGAGAGCAGGGCCAAAAACUGA